AUGAACAGAAAGGUUAAUUUAUUUUCCUCCUCCUUUAUCUGCCUUUUCCUGCUGGCGCAACGUCCAACAUGGGGUGCAGACGCGUCAGAUGGGGUCCCAAUGCUUUUCAAUGACGAGAAUCAUUUGCCAAAUUCGCUGAACAGAAAAUUGCGAAACUUAAAUGAAAUUGUGCAAGAGGACGUGUCGGAAAAUUCCCACGAAGUGGACGAAUUGGAAAAGCACGAAGAGGAAGAGGAAGAUGUAGAAGUGGAGGAAGAGCAGCAUGAGCAACAGCAUGGCCACACGGUGGAGGAUCCCAGGGAGGGGGACGAAGGAAACGAAAAUGACCCUCAAGAAGGCACCCAUGAACAGGACGACGAGGAUUUCAUGGGACAAUGGACUGAAGUUAUGGCGAAUGAAGAGGGUGAUUCAGGAGAGGGGGAGGAUGACACAGAUUCUGAAGAUGAUGCUGAGGGGGAGUCGAACACUCACUCACCUCGUUCACCACCUGUGGAAGGAAGCGAUGCGACGGUUUUGCAAGCAGAGCCAUCUACAGCACUGUCAGACUCCAGUAACUCUGCACAAAUAGGACAACAAGGUGUCCACCGACCCCCAGCUGGCCUAGCAGAUCAAACGACUCAGAGGACUGGAGACCAAGGAGCUGAUGGGCCACAUGGAGAUUCAGGAGCUGCGACAUCGAGAGCAGGAGGUUCAGCAGAAAGGGGACCUUCAGGUGAAAGACCACAAGAACGCGCACCUGGUGGAACACCAGAAUUACCAGCUAACAGUGUACCACAAAGAGAAGGAAGAUCAGACGCGCUCCCUCAAGAACAACAGGCACAAAGUGAAGUAGUUAGAAGUGAACGACAAAGCGGCGCAGCUGCAGAUGGUGGAGCUCAGCCAAGUGAAAGACCAGCUGCACCUCCGCAACAAACAUCAAGAGACACUCCACCAAAAGGCACCGCUGACUCGAAUGAUGCCAAAAUUAAGUACCUGGAUAAGCUCUAUGAUGAGGUUCUAACCACGUCAGACAAUACCAGCGGGAUCCACGUGCCGGACUACCACAGCAAAUACAACACGAUAAGGCAGAAGUAUGAAUAUAGCAUGAACCCAGUGGAGUAUGAAAUUGUGAAGAAUCUUUUUAACGUCGGUUUUAAGAAUGAUGGGGCGGCAUCUUCAGAUGCUACUCCCCUAGUUGACGUUUUUAAAAAAGCGUUAGCUGACGAGAAAUUUCAGGCCGAAUUUGACAACUUUGUGCACGGGCUGUACGGAUUUGCUAAAAGACACAGCUACUUAAGUAAGGAACGGAUGGGGGACACGACGCGCUACUCAGAUUUGCUAAAGAACGCCAUCAGCUUGAUGAACACCAUUGAGGUGAACUGA